CCUCUCCCCACACCACACCACACGCCAUCAACCAUGGCCAAAAUCAAGAAGAAGGGCGAGUCCGGCGCGGCCAAGAACUACGUGACCCGCAACCAAGCGCUCAAGAAGCUGCAGGUGUCGCUGUCCGACUUCCGUCGCUUGUGUAUUCUCAAGGGCAUCUACCCGCGCGACCCGCUGCACAAGAAGCGCGCGAACAAGGGCUCGUCGGCCCCCGCGUCGUUCUACUACCACAAAGACAUCCAGUAUCUGCUGCACGAGCCGCUGCUCGCCAAGUUCCGCGAACACAAGGCGUUCUCGAAGAAGCUCGCGCGCGCCGUCGGGCGCGGCGAGUGGGGCCUCGCCAAGAACCUCGAGCAGGCCAAACCCGUCGCGCGCCUCGACCACAUCGUGAAAGAGCGUUAUCCGACAUUCACGCUCGCGCUGCAGGACCUCCAAGACCCGCUGAACCUCGUGCACCUCUUCAGCAAGCUCCCCACGAACCCGAUUCCAGGCAAGACGCUCGUGCCGCGCGAAGUGAUUGCCGAGUGCGCGCGCCUCAACAACGAGUGGAAGGUGUGGGCGAUCCGCACACACGCACUCCGCAAAGUCUUCCUCGGCAUCAAGGGCGUGUACUACGAAGUCGAGGUGCCGGGGCACGGGAGUGCGCCCGUCACCGUCCGCUGGCUCGAGGGGUACGAGUUCCAGCAGCAUGUGCCGCACGACGUCGACUUCCGCAUCCUCCUCACCUUCCUCGAGCUGUACCGCACCGUGUGCAGUUUCGUGCUGUACAAGCUGUAUACGGACGAGAACCUCGUCUACCCCCCGCCGCUGGAUGUGGAGAUGGACGAGCGCGGCGAAGCCGUCGGCGCGUUCCGCCUCGUCGAGAACAAGACGGUGGGCGCCGCGCCCGCCGCCGUGUCGAAGAAGGCGGUGAAGCGGGCGAUCAAGGGCAUCACCGCACGCGUCCAAGACGUCGACGACGACGACGUCGAGAUGGCCGAAGAAGAGGCCGAGGAGGAGGAGGAGUUCGUCGCGCGCCCCGCGAAGAACGCCGAGGUCGAAGACGUCGCCACCGGCGCCCUGCCGACAUACACGUCGCUGCUGGCGAAGAGCGACGCCGCCGCGAACAAGGACAAGCUCCUGUUCUCGCCGUACACAUUCUACCUCUCGCGCGAGACGAGCUCGCGCACGUGGGAGUUCGUCAUCCGCGCCAUGGGCGGCAAGGUCGUGACGUCGCUCGCGGCGCCGUCGCCCGGCGAAGCGCCGAACGCGGACGCGAUCACGCACGUGCUCAUCGACCGGCCGAUGACGGACGAGCGGCGGCGCGAGCUCGAAGGCGGGCGCAAGUGGGUGUGGGUCCAGCCGCAGUGGGUCGCCGACUGCGUCAACCGCGCCAAAGUCCUCGCCACGGACGAGUAUGCGCCCGGCAAGCUCCUCCCGCCCCACCUGAGUCCGUGGGACGGUGAGGGCGAGCCGGAGCGGCCGUGGCUGGAGGCCGGGGCUGGGGCUGAGGGAGCUGAGGCUGCCGAGGAGGAUGAGGAGGAGGGGGAGGAGGAGGAGGGCGAUGACGAAGAGGAGGAUGACGAAGAGGAGGAGAAGGACGCCGCGUUCCCCCCAGCACUCCUCGCCGCCGCCAAGAACCCCGAACCCGCGCUCGUGCAUGCCGCCGAGCUCGAGGCCGAGGCGAACGGCACGAGCCACGCCGAGUUCAAGGCCCAGCUCAAGGAGGCGACCAAGCUGCACGGCGGCAAGAAGGCGGCCAACGCGCGCGCGGACGAGGACCUCCGCAAGAUCAUGAUGAGCAACAAGAAGGCCAAGCUGUACGAGAAGAUGAAGUAUGGGAACGCGGAGCGGCAAGCUGAGAAGGAGAAGCUCGAAACACGCCGGCGCGAGAUUGAGAAGCGCAAGCGCAAGGAGGCCAAGGCCGGCAAGAAGGCGUAGUGCUCCUCCUGCUCAUCCCUGUUCAUGACCAUUUGCCAUUCUGCCUCAUUGCAUGAUAGACCGAUGCAUCUGUAUACCACGUG